UCCGUCAUGGGAGACAUCGACAUCGAAGCUCCCGACGCCAGGCAGCCGAGCCGCAGCGUGUUGCAGUCGAUCCUCCCCAGCAGAGAGUUCGCCUCCUCCAGGAAAGGAAUGCUGCUCAUCGCUGAAGUGGUGCUGUCCUUCGUCGACUUUGUAUGCUUUGCCGCAUCCACAGCAGCCGCCUUUGUGACAGUCCCACUCCUGGAGUUCCUCGCCGCUCUCUUCCUGCUUUUUGCCUACUCUACCAAACUCAACGAGAGGUUUAAAGGCUUCUUAUGGCCUCUCAUGGAUUUCAUGAGAUGUGUUACAGCUGCCAUCAUUUUUUUCAUUAUUUCUAUAAUUGCAGUAUCCAAAUAUGUAGAUGGCUCUUCCAAAGCUGCUGGGGUUUUUGGCUUCCUCGCUACAAUUGCAUUUGCUUUAGAUUUUUAUCUCAUUUUUAACGAGCUCGCCAAUUUCCUGAAGCAAGGCGGAGAGACCACAGAGGAGCAUUCCGGACAGCAAGCUGACAUUUCCGACUCUGAUUCGGACUGA